AUGAGGGAAGUGACCGUCUAUCGCUCCGUGUACACCGAGGCCAGCUUCGAGCACCACUUCGGCCGAUCCCCUGGCGAAGACCGAGCUUCGGCGGGAAGCUGGAAGCAGCUGGUGGGGAGGAGCUGCGCGUGCUCGGGGAACGCGUGGAGACGCUCGGUGAGAGCGCGCGUGCCUUGCCUCUCGUGGCUGCCCAGGUACAAGUUCAAGCGCUGGCUGACUGGGGACAUCAUCGCCGGCCUGACAGUGGGCAUCAUCCACAUCCCGCAAGGGAUGGCUUUUGCUCUGCUGACGUCCGUGGCCCCAAUUUAUGGACUCUACACCUCGUUCUUCCCUGUUAUGCUGUACAUCUUUUUUGGAACUGGACGACAUGUGUCCACAGGUACUUUUGCUGGGAUUAGCUUGAUGACUGGGUCUAUCGUCGAGCGCUUGGUACCACACCGAUGGAACGUCACGAGCCUGGAAGAUCCAGAGUUGGAGAAGCAAAGGAUAUCUGUCGCUUCAGCAGUGGCCUUUCUCUCGGGACUUAUGAUGAUCUGCAUGUUUGUCCUGCAGCUCGGAUUCCUUUCCACCUACUUGUCUGACCCAAUCGUGAAGGCAUUUACCAGUGGCACUGCAUUCCACGUCACCAUCUCCCAGCUCAACACCAUGCUUGGACUACAGCUUCCGCGCUUUGCUGGACCUUUCACCAUCUUUAAGACACUGGCAUCAGUACUUGGAGCACUCUCUGCGACCAAUAUUGUCGAGCUGAUUAUUUCCCUGAUAUGCCUCUGUGUGCUCAUUCCGACAAAAGAGCUCAGCAGCCGUUUCAGGGAGAGAUUCCGUGCUCCCAUUCCCAUCGAGGUGGUCAUGAUUAUAGUGGCUACUGCAGUCACCUUUGCUACAUCGCUCGAUGAGUGCUUCAACGUCCAAGUCGUGGGUCAUAUCCCUGCAGGAUUCCCAAAGCCCCAGUUGCCAGCAUUGGGGAGCAUCCCGAGUAUAAUCGGAGAUACCAUUGCAAUUACCUUUGUCGGCUACGCUGUGUCUGUAUCACUGGCUAUGCUCUAUGCAGACAAGCACAGAUACAAGAUUGACCCCAAUCAGGAACUCUUGGCUCACGGAAUUUCGAAUACCAUUUCCUCCCUAUUCACCUGUUUUCCAAGUUCAGCUUCAUUGGCUACGAGCAGUAUCCUAGAGAAUACGGGGAGCUCUACGCAGCUUGCUGGAUUUUUCACCUGUCUUGUUGUCUUGGUGGUGCUACUUUUGAUUGGGCCACUGUUUUACUCUCUACCCAAGGCAGUUCUGGCCUGUAUUAAUGUCACCAGCCUGCGCCAGAUGUUCCUCCAGUUCCAGGAUCUACCAGAACUGUGGAGAGUGAGCAAAAUGGACUUUACAGUCUGGGUGGUCACAUGGCUGGCUGUAAUCACACUGAACGCGGACCUCGGCCUAGCUGUGGGCGUGGCGUUUUCCAUGAUGACCGUGAUUUACCGCACUCAAAGAGUUAGCUGUUCUGUACUGGGCCGAGCAUCAAACUCAGAGAUUUACAGACCAGUGGACAGCACUAUGUGCCAGGAAAUUCCCGGCCUGAAGAUCUUGUCUUACAACGCUCCCAUUUACUAUGGAAAUAAGAACUAUUUCCGGGAUACCAUGGCCAAAAUAAUCGGACUGACCCCAGAUAAGAUCAAAAAGAGGGAAAAGAGAAAGAAAGCACUGGAAAGAGUUGGAAAGAUGACCAUUACCACCAUCGAUAAUGGACUCAUCCAACCUCACUACCCGGCCGACAGAACCUCGUCCUCUUCAGAUAAGCAAGAUAAAAGGAUUCGGUCUGUUGUGAUCGACUGCAGUAGCAUCAUCUUCAUUGACACAGCUGGAGCAAGGUUAUUUGUUCAGAUGUGUGCAGAGUGUCAGAAAGCCGACAUGUGGGUCUACCUAGCAGAAUGCAACAAAGAUGUUUUGAAAAUAUUGACGUGUAGUGGCCUUCUUAACCACCUUCAUCCAGAGCAGAUCUUUGUAACGAUACAUGAUGCUGUCGUCAAUGUGGAGCGAAUGAAGGAAGCAGCCUCACAGAAAAGCACUACAAUUUGGGUAUGAAAGAAUCGGUGGACUUUCUGCUCAAUGAUUGCUGUACCACUUACAAAGGACAAUCAUAAGGGUCUGCCUGACCACAAUUGCCUUUCAAGGAGACUCGAAAUGAAGUGAAUAGGCUCUAUCCAACCUGCAAUGCAGAAUGAGACUUCUUUACUAAUCUAAAAUGUGUAGCGUUUCACUGACAGAACAGAACUACAGGUUAAGCUGCACGGAAUGGCUUCUUCCAGAGAGUCACGUCAAAAAGCAGAAAGUCAGCUUUAACUGAAAUUGUUAUUUGCCACUAUGGGAUUUUAGUGUAGUUGGUGUGUGAAUGAAUCUGGUCAGAAAGAGAUAAACUACAAAAGAAUGAUUAGGAAUAAAGGGAUACCUUCUUUAUGGGAGUGCUGCUGGGCAAUGCGAUAUAGGGGGAUGGAGGUGA